CUGAUUUGUGGACUUACUACAUACUCAGAGGCCAAGCCCUGUGCUGGCUGCAGUGAUGUUGAGAUGGAUCAGCCCUGCCUGUGAACUCAGUGGAGGAAGCACGGGGAUGUGAAAAAGGCCAGAGAAGUGUGCCACAGUGGGGUGCACCGAUGCCAGGAGGGGCAAGGACAGCUGAGGACGACUGAACCUGUGGGCAUGAGGCAGGAACGACAGAGCAGGGCAUGCCAGGCAGCAGGCUCCAUCUAUGAGAUCUCUGGGAAUGAGUGCUGCCUUUCCACGGGGGACCUGAUCAAGGUCACCCAGGUCCGCCUCCAGAAGGUGGUCUGUGAGAACCCGAAGACCAGCCAGACCAUGGAGCUCGCCCCCAACUUCCAGGGCUACUUCACCCCCCUCAACACCCCACAGAGCUAUGAAACCCUGGAGGAGCUGGUCUCUGCCACAACUCAGAGCUCCAAGCAGCUGCCCACUUGCUUCAUGUCGACCCACAGGAUUGUCACAGAGGGCAGGGUGGUGACUGAGGACCAGCUCCUCAUGCUUGAGGCUGUGGUGAUGCACCUCGGGAUCCGCUCUGCCCGCUGUGUCCUGGGCAUGGAGGGUCAGCAGGUCAUUCUGCACCUGCCCCUAUCCCAGAAGGGGCCCUUCUGGACAUGGGAGCCUAGUGCCCCUCGAACUCUGCUCCAGGUCCUACAGGAUCCAGCCCUGAAAGACCUCGUCCUCACCUGCCCCACCCUGCCCUGGCAUUCCCUGAUCCUGCGGCCCCAGUAUGAGAUCCAAGCCAUCAUGCACAUGCGCAGGACCAUUGUCAAGAUCCCUUCUACCCUGGAGGUCGACGUGGAGGACGUCACUGCCUCCUCCCGGCACGUCCACUUUAUCAAACCGCUGCUGCUGAGCGAGGUCCUGGCCUGGGAAGGCCCUUUCCCCCUGUCCAUGGAGAUCCUGGAGGUUCCUGAGGGCCGCCCCAUCUUCCUCAGCCCGUGGGUGGGCUCCUUGCAAAAAGGCCAGAGGCUUUGCGUCUAUGGCCUAGCCUCACCACCCUGGCGGGUCCUGGCCUCAAGCAAGGGCCGCAAGGUGCCCAGGCACUUCCUGGUGUCAGGGGGCUACCAAGGCAAGCUGCGGCGGCGGCCAAGGGAGUUCCCCACGGCCUAUGACCUCCUAGGUGCUUUCCAGCCAGGCCGGCCACUCCGGGUGGUGGCCACAAAGGACUGUGAGGGCGAGAGGGAGGAGAAUCCCGAGUUCACGUCCCUGGCUGUGGGUGACCGGCUGGAGGUGCUGGGGCCUGGCCAGGCCCAUGGGGCCCAGGGCAGUGACGUGGAUGUCUUGGUUUGUCAGCGGCUGAGUGACCAGGCUGGGGAGGAUGAGGAGGAAGAGUGCAAAGAGGAGGCAGAGAGCCCAGAGCGGGUCCUGCUGCCCUUCCACUUCCCUGGCAGUUUCGUGGAGGAGAUGAGUGACAGCCGGCGCUACAGCCUGGCAGAUCUGACUGCCCAGUUUUCACUGCCUUGUGAGGUCAAGGUGGUGGCCAAGGACACCAGCCACCCCACUGACCCUCUGACCUCCUUCCUGGGCCUGCGGCUGGAGGAGAAGAUCACAGAGCCAUUCUUGGUGGUGAGCCUGGACUCUGAGCCUGGGAUGUGCUUUGAGAUCCCUCCCCGGUGGCUGGACCUGACUGUCGUGGAGGCCAAGGGGCAGCCAGACUUGCCAGAGGGGUCUCUCCCCAUAGCCACAGUGGAGGAGCUGACAGACACCUUCUAUUAUCGUCUUCGGAAGUUACCAGCCUGUGAGAUCCAAGCCCCCCCACCCAGGCCCCCUAAAAGUCAGGGCCUCAGCAAGCAGAGGAGACACAGCAGUGAGGGAGGCGUCAAGUCUUCUCAAGUCUUAGGAUUGCAGCAACACGCUCGGCUGCCCAAACCCAAGGCGAAGACCUUGCCAGAGUUCAUCAAGGAUGGCUCCAGUAUGUACAGCAAGGUUCCUGCCCACAGGAAGGGCCACAGGCCCGCUAAGCCCCAAAGGCAGGAUCUAGAUGAUGAUGAACAUGAUUAUGAAGAAAUACUUGAGCAAUUUCAGAAAACCAUCUAAGUGCUGGAGGAACCACGCUUCCUAACUGCUGCUUCUCAGGGAAUCCGAUGCCAGCCAACCAUUUUAAGCCUCUAAAAGACCUCGGGAAAGUCUCACAGAAACUGAGCUGCAGACAGGGAGUAGCUUUGUGGAAACGGAUUUGAUGGACACUGCACCAGCUUCCUUCAGGUUCUAGAUUCUUGCUACUUAGGGCGGGCUGGUUUGGACCUAACAUCUCGCACGUGACUCCCUCAGCCUCAGAGCCUUGGGAUGCAGAGCAGCUGGCAGGGUUCCUCUCAAUCCUGCAACCCCAGCUGUCCCACCGGUGGAUGCAGAGGGGAAUCCGAGGCCAUCAACCUUGGUGAUAGCAGCGCAGUGCCAAUGCCUCUCAGUAAAAGGGAUUCCAUCCUGAUCACACUGCAUGGGAGAUUUUGUUAACGUCUGCCACCCCUACUCUCACCCCCAAGCUCUAAGCCCCCGGGAGGCCUGGACUGUCUUCCUUAUCUCUGUAGCACCUAGCCUGAUAGAUCUGUAUAUGGUAAACAGGGGUUUAACCACAUGUGGUUAACAUGGAUUAAUGUGGGAACUUGGCUUCAAGAACACAACCUUAGGACCUUGGGCCCCAAAAGCUGGUGGUGAAAUGGGAGGAGCCAAUUUAAGAAGACCCUUAUGGAGACCUGAGGCUGCAGAAAACUGGUAGGUUUCAUCAGGUGGUUAAAGUCGUCAAAGUUGUAAGUGACUAACCAAGAUUAUUUCAUUUUAAAACCAUAGAAUAAAAAUGACACCUGAGCUUCUCUA